GAAGUUGGUGGAGGAGGAGCAGGGAGGGGCACCUAACGGUGGCGGCUGGUUCUGCGCCGGAUCCGGGAGAGGGGCGGGCGCCAUUGUGCUUCGCUGCGGACUGCUUUUCCUCAGUCACAGGCCUAGAACUCCAAGGAGGAAGGCGGCGGUGCGGGUCGUUGCGAGCAGGACGCGCACUGGUCAGUGCCGGCUCAGGAGCCGGGAAAAAUCUAUAAGAAUGGAGUCUAAACCUUCAAGGAUUCCAAGAAGAAUUUCUGUUCAACCCUCCAGCUCCUUAAGCACUAGGAUGAUGUCUGGAAGUAGAGGAAGUAGUUUAAAUGAUACCUAUCACUCAGGAGACUCUUCAUUUCGAUUGGAUUCUGAAUAUCAGUCUACGUCAGCAUCAGCAUCUGCGUCACCAUUUCAAUCUGCGUGGUAUAGUGAAUCUGAGAUAACUCAGGGAGCACGCUCAAGAUCGCAGAACCAGCAACGGGAUCAUGAUUCAAAAAGACCUAAACUUUCCUGUACAAACUGUACUACCUCAGCUGGGAGAAAUGUUGGAAAUGGUUUAAACACGUUAUCAGAUUCAUCUUGGAGGCGUAGUCAAGUUCCUAGAUCUUCAUCAGUGGUACUUGGAUCAUUUGGAACAGACUUAAUGAGAGAGAGGAGAGAUUUGGAGAGAAGAACAGAUUCCUCUAUUAGUAAUCUUAUGGAUUAUAGUCACCGAAGUGGUGAUUUCACAACUUCAUCAUAUGUUCAAGACAGAGUUCCUUCAUAUUCACAAGGAGCAAGACCAAAAGAAAACUCAAUGAGCACUUUACAGUUGAAUACAUCAUCCACAAACCACCAAUUGCCUUCUGAACAUCAGACCCUACUGAGUUCUAGGGACUCCAGAAAUUCUUUAAGAUCAAAUUUUUCAUCAAGAGAAUCAGAAUCUUCCCAAAGCAGUGCACAGCCUGGAUUUUCUUACAGUUCAAGUAGAGAUGAAACCCCAAUCAUAAGCAAUUCAGAAAGGGUUGUUUCAUCUCAAAGACCAUUUCAAGAAACUUCUGACAAUGAAGGUAGGCGGACAACCAGGAGAUUGCUGUCGCGCAUAGCUUCUAGCAUGUCAUCUACUUUUUUUUCACGAAGAUCUACUCAGGAUUCCUUGAAUACAAGAUCACUGAAUUCUGAAAAUUCUUACGUUUCUCCAAGAAUCUUGACAGCUUCACAGUCCCGUAGUAAUGUACCAUCAACUUCUGAAGUUCCCGAUAAUAGGGCAUCUGAAGCUUCUCAGGGAUUUCGAUUUCUUAGGCGAAGAUGGGGUUUGUCAUCUCUUAGCCACAAUCAUAGCUCUGAGUCAGAUUCAGAAAAUUUUAACCAAGAAUCCGAAGGUAGAAAUACAGGACCAUGGUUAUCUUCCUCACUUAGAAAUAGAUGCACACCUUUGUUCUCUAGAAGGAGGCGAGAGGGAAGAGAUGAAUCUUCAAGGAUAUCUACCUCUGAUACAUCAUCUAGAUCUCAUAUUUUUAGAAGAGAAUCAAAUGAAGUGGUUCACCUUGAAGCACAGAAUGAUCCUCUUGGAGCAGCUGCCAACAGACCACAAGCAUCUGCAGCAUCAAGCAGUGCCACAACAGGUGGCUCUACAUCAGAUUCGGCUCAAGGUGGAAGAAAUACAGGAAUAGCAGGGAUUCUUCCUGGUUCCUUAUUCCGGUUUGCAGUCCCCCCAGCACUUGGUAGUAAUUUGACCGACAAUGUCAUGAUCACAGUAGAUAUUAUUCCUUCAGGUUGGAAUUCAGCUGAUGGUAAAAGUGAUAAAACUAAAAAUGCGCCUUCAAGAGAUCCAGAAAGAUUGCAGAAAAUAAAAGAGAGCCUCCUUUUAGAGGACUCAGAAGAAGAAGAAGGUGACUUAUGUAGAAUUUGUCAAAUGGCAGCUGCAUCAUCAUCUAAUUUGCUGAUAGAGCCAUGCAAGUGUACAGGAAGUUUGCAGUAUGUCCACCAAGAGUGUAUGAAAAAGUGGUUACAGGCCAAAAUUAAUUCUGGUUCUUCAUUAGAAGCUGUAACCACCUGUGAACUAUGUAAAGAGAAGCUGGAGCUUAACCUGGAGGAUUUUGAUAUUCAUGAACUACAUAGAGCUCAUGCAAAUGAACAAGCUGAGUAUGAGUUUAUCAGCUCUGGUCUCUACCUAGUGGUGUUACUGCACUUGUGCGAACAAAGCUUUUCUGAUAUGAUGGGAAAUACAAAUGAACCAAGCACACGUGUCCGAUUUAUUAACCUUGCAAGAACUCUUCAGGCACAUAUGGAAGAUCUCGAAAGUAGGUGGAAUUUCCCCUCCCCAGACUUGUUGAAUUUACUUUUGCAAAUUAAACCCAAAGCAAAACCUAAGUAUAUAUUCUGUUCUGCCAAAUUAGAGCUCAUUUAUAGACUUAAUCAUACCAAAAUGAUUGAUUUGGGAAAUAUGGGUUGGGCAACUGACAUUAGUGUUUUUUUUUUUUUUUUUUAAAGCAUAUUUUAAGGUAUGGAACGAUGUAAUUUUAACUGCAUUUUACUUUUUUUUCAAAGAGAAAUUUAUUGUUGAUCACCUUGAUUUCAGGAUUUAUAAUAAAAACGAAGGCAUAAAUCUUAACUACUAAUCAAACCACAUUUCUUAAUCUGUUAGGAUUUUAUUUUGUUUUGUUUUUGGUAAGAAAUUUUACCUGUUACUCAGCUUUGUUAGAUCAUAAGAGAUUAUUCCUGGGCUUACAUAUGAUUCCAGGAAAAUAUGGGACAAGGAAUCCUAAUUCUGAAUCCAUAUCAGAAGCCAUAAAGGGCUUUUGUUUGUGGGUUUUUUAUUGUUGUUGUUGUUGUUUGGCUUUUUGUAGGUCCUCAUGGACCUUUAAUAGGUAGCCAGCGCUGCCAACAGCUCCAGUCUCUUAAGAUCCCAUUCCAGCCUCAGGAUUUCUGGCUGGGAUUAUAAGUGAAGGCACUUAAUUCUCAAAUCUUUACAGGCAUCUGUACAGCCUAUCCUCUUCUUAAUGUCCUGUAACUUCCAGGGUGCUUCAUACCAUGUGGGCACAUGUAUUGGAGCUAGAAAAUGAAGAUUACCCCACCCACCCCCUACAUAUUUUACUUUUUCACCCUUUGUUGCCUAUUCCAAAACACUACCUGAAGUGUCUUUUUAAAAUAUGUAUUCUUCAGUUGAAUACUGAAGAAUUACUUUCUGUACUCAUCUUCAAAUUAUUUGGAAUGUUAUCUGUAGUGCGCACAACAUUUUUACUUUUACAGAAAGCUCAGCAUCCUUUGAAGUAAGGUUUAAAAAAGACUUAGUCCUCAUAGGAACCUUUUAAUUCUAGGUAAUCUAAAUCAUAGAUUUUUGUCAUUAAUUCUAUACUACUUUCAACUUUCAAAAGGUCUUGAGAUGAAACCAGGUAACGUAUUUUCACAAUUUUAAUUAGGAUAUGUGAAAAGAAAGGAGUCAGUGCGAAUUCACUUGGUAUAAAAUUUUUAUACCUUUCUCUUUAUACCGUCUUUCAGAUCCCUUAGGUUGGCCUAAUACAAAGGUCUCUGUUUUUUUAAAUUACAAUUUAUACUUUGUCCAAUAUCAUGAUAGUAAUUUGUUUCAGUGUAUGUUUUCCCCAGAUUUCUCCAUUUUAAAAAACUAACAUUCUCGCUUAAAAUUUAAUUUCUUAAACAUAGUAUUGUCUGCUCCUAACAUGUGGGAAGAAAAAGAUGGAGGUGAAAUAUGUCCAAACUCAAAUGAGCAUGAAAGACAAGUUUGCUGCAAGUUAACACCUAAAUAUUAGAGUAUUAAUACAUUCUGAAAUGGGUUCUGACUAAAUUGUCCUCUCCUGUGGAGUUAAAUGGAAAAACGCAAGAAGUUCCUUAAUAAGCUAUAAUCUUUUUUUUUUUCUUUUUUUUUUUGAGACGGAGUCUUGCUCUGUUGCCCAGGCUGGAGUGCAGUGGCGCGAUCUCAGCUCACUGCAAGCUCCGCCUCCCGGGUUCACGC